GAACUAGGGAGCGUUAUGACGUCACGCGAGAUUGCGUGCUAACGCUGCCCAAUGAUUUAGCACGACGAUCAGCUGUUUUCGAAGAAAAACAAGGAUGGCGGCAAGCAAAAGUGUCAUCGUGCUUGCGCCGAACGGUCGCCGACAAACUGUGAAAGUAACGCCAAACACGACAAUAUUGCAGAUACUGGAACAAGUGUGUCAAAAACAUGGCUACGAGAGCGAGGAAUUUGACAUCAAACAUUACAAUCGUGUUCUCGAUGCCAAUGCAAUCUUCCGAUUUACCGGAUUGCCGAACAACGCUCAACUGGAGAUGGUGCCUUGCACUAAAAAGAGACUCGAAUCAAACGUAACAGUUGGCGUUCAAACUGAAAGCGGAGAACGAGUCACAGGUGAAUUUCAGCCCAGUAAUUCUUUGGCUCAAGUUCUGAAUCAGCUGUGUCCGGAUCAAAUGCUACCGACUGCAGCUCUUAUCUACAUGCAUCGCGAGGUCUGCGGAUUGGACUUACUCGAACAAACGACGCUUAGAUCACUGGGACUGAACUGCGGCAGAGCUAUGUUUAGAUUAAUUCAUCGCAAUCCUGAGCAACCCAGAACCCAGGCUCAUGUGAGUGUCCCUUUGGCUGCAAGGCCGUCUCAAGAAAGUAUUGACCUUGCACUUCGUAUGGCUGUACCCAAUCGACAGAAGGCGGCAAUGAGGAAAGACACACAGCAAAAUAUCGAUCCUAUUUCAGCCCUGAAAACAGGAAAGAUUGUGCAGCAUGAUACAGAAGCUGCAGUUUCAGAAAAGAUCCCAAAACUUGAUUGUGACCUAAAGGUUGAAGAAAAAACAGAUGCAAUUGAAACUAAAAACAUAGAAAUACCCAUGGAUACAUCUGAGAGUGAUAUAGAAGAAACAAAAGUUGAAUUUCUGGGAGAGAGAAAUGCUCUCGUGUUUAAUCAGGCUGGAGCAGAAGCUUUGCCACGUAAUGAAUUACCCGACAACUUUUUUGACCUUACCGUUGAGGACGCUCGGCAUUUACUGAAAGAUGCCAUCCGCCUUAGAGCGCAGUUGGAUGAGGCUCCACUUCUGACUUCGGCCCAGAGACAAUUGGAUGAAGACAAAAGGAUUUUGCAUCAUUUACAUAAAUAUCGUAAAACCGUGAUUAGAAUUCAGUUCCCAGAUCAACUGGUACUUCAGGGCUUGUUCGGCCCGCUUGAAACAGUUCAGGCAGUUAAGGAUUUCGUAAAAAUUUACCUUGCCAAUCCUGACGCCGAGUUUAUGCUUUAUACAACGCCUCCACGCACUGUACUGGAUCCUGGCACACGCUUGGUCGACGCCAAUCUAGUGCCCUCAGCUAUUCUUCACUACUCUGGCCAGUCUAGUUUGAAAUCUGAACUAAACAACAAACUUACAGAUCCCAGAGCUGCUGGCAUUCAAGCAGUAAAAUCUAGAAUGGCAAUGGCACGGCAAGAUGUGAAGUGUUCUGAGAUUGAGGAUAUGCCUGACAUCAGUAUGAUACAAGAAAACAGACUGGAAAGGGUAGUGGAAACACCAAGGCAAUCGGAACCUGCACCUGGACCGAGUCAUAGAAACCCCGCACCUGCAGCCAAAGCUAAUGUACCGAAAUGGUUUAAGCAGCCGUUUAAAUAAUCAUUGAACCUUUUCAGAGAUAUCCUGGUAUGGAAUACCUCAUUACAGCAGUAUGAUUGAAUAAUGAGCUGUCAUUUACGUGUUUACUAUUGUUAUCUAUUAUUAUAAUACAGCAAUAAGAAAAGCUGUUAUCCCGAUUUUUCAUGUUAA